AUGUUACAGUUGUACAUCAUUGCUCAACUUAUUUUGUCAGUGAUUCAGUUUCUCGUGGGGGUUCUAGCCAAUGGCUUCAUUGUGGUUGUGAACAGCACAGACUUGAUCAGGCAGAGAAAGAUGGUGCCCUUCGACUUCCUCCUGUGCUGCCUGGCGACUUCCAGGAUUGUUCUCCAGAUGGCCACCCUCUACGUUAAUCUGGCUAUUCUUUCCUUGUUUGAAUUAUCUCUAUUUCCUGGAAAGGUUAUAAUUUUUAAGUAUGUACAUGAGUCGGAACUUUGGCUGGCCACAUGGCUCAGCGUUUUCUACUGUGCCAAGAUUGCCACCAUCGCUCACCCACUCUUCUUUUGGUUGAAGUUGAGGAUCUCCAAGAUGAUGCCAUGGCUGAUUUUUGGGACCUUGAUCUAUACCUUUAUCAUUUCUGUCUUCUACAAAAAACAGGAAUGGAUUAUUUUCCAAAAAUUCUUGUUUGGCUUUUUCUCCCAAAAUGGAACAACUCCAGUCGAAGACAUACCUGUGUGGCAAGUUGUCCUUUUUUCCAUUGACUACAUAACCCCCUUGCUUAUCUUCCUUAUCUCUGCUCUUCUCUUGAUAUUUUCCCUGGGGAGGCACACCCAGAAGAUGAGGAGCACAGCGAUGGGCACCAGGCACCCUGGCAUGAGUGUCUACAUCAGCGCACUCCUAUCCAUCCUGUGCUUCCUGGUCCUCUACCUCUCCCAGUACAUGAUGUCUAUGUUAGUCUUGUCUCAAUUUUUCAAGAUCAGAAACUCUAUCACUGUGUUCUGCAUCUUGCUGUUUAGUUCAUACCCCGCUGUACACUCUGUUAUCUUAAUUUUAGGAAAUUCUAAGCUGAAAGAAAAUGUGAAGAAGUUCCUCCUCCACAGUAAGUGCUGUCAGUGA